AAACUUCCCAUGCCCUCAAUAUGGGUGCAAUAGUGUUUUUAGCAGUCUUAAUCUGCUCUAGUUUUUUCACCUUAUUCAAUUGUCACCGCUUUGGAUAUUCUUCAAAAACUCUCUUUUCAUCUCCAUCUGAAGUUUCUAAACUAGAUAUAUUGCGUAGUUUUGAAAGAGACGAUACAGUUUCUGACGAAGAAAAGCCUACGAAAAAGGUUUAUAAAAGAAGUGCUGAACCCGCGAAACUGUUAAAUACUGAAUUUUCUACCGUGUUUCCCCUAAAUGACAGUCACCAGCAACUUUCUGUCCACUGGGCUGGGCAGGGCAGUGAUGUUCUGGUCUGUCUGGCCAGAGAUCGGAGGCAGGAUGACAAAUCUACUUCCGCCGUGUUCGUUUCCGACGAUUACGGGAAGACAUUCACUGAGAGGCAGGCCCAUGGGAUGAAGUUGGCCGAUGGCAAGCCGGCCGUCAUAUCCACCUUUUACAUCAGUCCAGUCUCUAACAGUCAUUAUAUUUUCACUGAUGUUAUACAUAAUUACAUCUUCACAACUAGAGACUACGCCAAAACAUUUGAAAGUCAUUCUGUGGAAUUUUGUCCAGAUGUUAUUGCCAUGCAUCCUACUAAUUCUGAAAUCAUCCUUGCUAUUGACAAGAACGAUCCUUUGAAAAAGCUCUGGUAUUCAGAAGAUUUUGGUGUAACUUGGAAAGAUGUUCAGCUGCAAGUGAAAUCGUUCUUUUGGGGCAUAACUGAAAUUGAUCCGGAAAACACCAUUUUCGUAGAAAGGCAGGAACCUGGGAACGUGUCAUCAAUUCUUUCGUCAACAGAUUUCUUCCAGACGCGUAACAAUACGCGUGUUCUUAUGAGCAAUGUUCAAGACUUUGAAGUCAGAGAUAAAUUUCUUUUUGCUACUCGUAAACAGGUACCUGUAUCUGGAGUUCGUGGGUAUGUGAUGGUCGCAUGGAUUGCUUGGAUGGUGAAGAUGAAAAGAACUGUAAAGGUGAUGCUGCAUGUGAUUCAGAAUCCUUCCGCUGCGUUCAGAGUUUUGGUUGUAUUCCCAAAAAUCUCAUCUGCAACGGGAAGAACGAGUGUGGCGACGGAAGUGACGAAUGGGGCUGUCGACCAUCGGCUGCGACCUCUGCUCCUUUGUCUUGCUCUCCCAUCGAGUUCAUGUGUCUGACAGGAGAAUGUGUGGAAAUUGGUAAACUCUGUGACAAAGUUGAAGAUUGUCCAGACGGAAGUGACGAGAAAACAUGCACAGAUGCCGCUUAUGGUCUGAAAGUCCAUAAUCUGAUGCUGUUGCGAGAUUCUGUGGGGCUGGACACUUUCUCCAUUCGCUGGGAACCACCUGUUCAUCAGCCACACUUGCAAUUAGAAUAUCUUCCUUCCUUCCGGAAGGCUUCUGAUUCUGAAUGGAAGAAUACAACCUGGAUUAAAGAGAGGAGUUAUACCUUCACCAAUCUGACUUCCAGCACCGACUAUCUAGUGAUGGUGUAUGCGCGUCUGGCCAAUCACGCGGAAGUGGCGCCGCCCACUGAGAUUCUCACCGUGACAACCGAAUGGGCAGCUCCUGAUCCUCCCGUCAAUGUUACUGUGAUGGUCCAUCAUUCGAAACACAUUCGUAUUGAGUGGCGGCCGCCCACUACUACGAAUGGAUUGAGUGGAUAUAGGGUGUAUUUCUCUCCUCCUUACCCUGCAAAGUUUGAAACAGUGAGACAGCUGGUGACUUCCAUGGACAUCAGCUUUGAUUUCCAGCCCUCCAUCAACUACACAUUUUGGAUGACAUCCCUGAACCGAAACUUGGAGAGCCGAAAAUCGGAGACUGUGUCGAUACUCUUCGGCAACGAAGCAGUUCUCAAUCCCGUGCAGCACCUUCGCACAGUAUCCUGCACCGAAUCCAAGUGCAGCAUUGCCUGGGACCAUCCUUUUGAGCAUCAGGGGUCGGGCUAUUCCGUGACUUACCGUCCAGAGUACUUGGGCCUCAGAUCAUUCAGAGAGGUCAACACCACGAACACGAAUCUCACAGUUGGAAACCUUGCGCCAGGAGCCAAAUAUAUCUUCCAAGUUACUCCUUUCAAAGGGGAAUUUCACGGCCCAGAUGAAAAAACUGAAGCUACAACAAAUGGCACUAUUUUGCCGACCAUUAUCAACGUUAAGUACCAAGCAGAGGAACAUUCCAUCACUGUUACUUGGGAUGCGCCAAGCGAUAAGAGAUCCUCUUCUUGGACGUAUGGAAUUUACAUCUAUAUCCCAGAACUCAACAGCUUCGAGCUGAAUGGCACCACCAAAGAUACCAGCAUGACCUUUCGCAACCUCCGAGCUUGCAUGGUGUACCCCCUUCAGGUGGGUGUGGUGGAUCCAUUCUCUGUGGGGCCCCCCAGUGUGGUGGUGUCUGCUGCCACCACUUUCAGCAAGAUUGCUCCCCCUCAAGAACUUCAGGUGAAUCCAGAUGGGGAGGGCUACAUGAGCAUCAGCUGGGAGGCUUCCUGCCCUGUCAUGGUUGCUGAAGUCGGUUACAAGGUUCUGAUAGAAGAUUUAGUUCUGAACAGAAGCCACUGGGUAGGCCUGGCGCCACGCAAGGACUUUAAGGUCUCUUUCCGCCAUGUCUCGCACCUGGGAGGCAUCUAUUCCAUUCGUGUACAAACGGAUGCAAAAGACUCUGUGCAGACGCCACCUGUUGAAUACUCUGCUCCACCCCUUCCCUCCAUUCGGCAAGUGAGAGCACUCAGGCAGAAGGAUGGAGGGUUGUAUGUGACUUGGAAAGAGGUGGACUGGCCCCUGGAUAGGAAUGAGCACACAUUUGUAUACAGUGUAAGACUGAGCAGUGGUUCUUCUGAGGUCAAGUGGUUUAAUUCUAGUCAGCCACCCCUGGUCCUUCCACAUGCAUCCCAAGAGAACCUGCAGGUCAAAGUGUGCGUCAUUGAUCGUCAUGGAUACAGGGGACCUCUCUCUGCCGGCUAUGAUCUCAGCAGUGAAGGCUCUUCCGACAGAGUGGUGAUGUCCCAGACCAGCCUGGCGGGGGUGGUUGUGGGGGUGAGUGUGGUGUUCCUGGUGCUGGUUGCCACCUUGGGAGUGUUUGUGGUGCGCCACCGCCGCCUACAGAGGAGCUUCCUAUCCUUCGCCAACAGCCACUAUGACACCAGAUCGGGGGCAGCCACCUUCUCCACAGGAGACGAGUUGGAUGAAGAAGAAUCGCCCAUGAUUCGUGGCUUCUCAGACGACGAACCUCUCGUCAUUGCGUGAUCCCUCUCACCAAAUCUGCUUCGACAUUCCGAACGCAUAAAGCAAAGACUGAUGGAAGAUCAACUCACGCCCACUGCAUUUUGAGAGAAGUAUUUUAUGAUGUGAAGGCCAGUUUAUACCCAUCACUGUGGCCGAGUUUACUUUUAGAGCGCAUCACAUCCAUCAUCGGCUUUUACGGCUGCACCCUAUUAUCCGAAACUCAUGGACUCCAUGCGAGCAGUGUACUUUCAGUAAAUAAGACUCAUGUCUGCUUAUUCAAGAUUUGUAGGUUUCAUCAGCAGCAAUACUGCUGUAAUUGUUUCAGAAGGAAAUUAUUAUUUUGAGUGGCAUUCUUUUUAUCGAAAAGGUGGUGUAAGUUUGAAAGUGAGUCAAAAGAUGUGACCGAAAGCAAGACUGUAGCCAUAAAUUGUCACCAAAAAGCAUUUUCCUUUAGCCCCCUCUCCCCCAAUAUUUUCCUUUCUGAUUUUCCAAAAUGUCACAAUUUCCAUCUUCAUGGCAGAACCUCCAUACGCAAUAUAAAAUUUUAAUUAGAUUAAAAUUAUGCAAUUUAUUUUCAAAAAAAUAUAUAGAAAAUUUAAAAGAUUUUAGUUUUAAAGAGAAGAAAUUCUUUGACAAAUUACUGAAGUUGUUUUAUUUUAAAAACAGUACUGUACUUUGACUCAGAGUUAAAAUAUUGUGAAUAAUUGCAUUCCUUCCCCGGCUUGUAAGGAAGUGGUGAUUUAUAGUGGUUGACGUUUUCAAAAAUUGAGAUUGUUUUGAGAAGUAAAAGAUGCUUUUAGAAGUAUUUUUAGCUAUCCCUGUGUUUUUAUGAAAGUCAUCCUGCCUUCAAAAAGUAUUGUUGAAUUGCCUCAUUUCAUGCAUUUUAAAAAUGAAUUUGUUUCAUUGUUUUUUGUCCCAUAAAUGAAAAAAAAAACAAAAAAAAAAAAACUAAACCUCAAAGUUUUUUUCCUGUGUGCAAGCUACUUUUAAAUUCUCCUAUUGUUUCGAUCUAUUUGUUGCAGUUAUACUAUCAUAUUUUUUUGUAUAGAAAAGAAAUAUUGCUUUUUAAGCACUAAAUUUGAAUGAGUCAUUUGUAACUUUGAACUCAAUCAGCAAAUUGCACAAGUAUUACAGUCAAACUUGCUUAUAACAAGCGCAAAGGGACCGCCAUAUUUGCUUCUUAUAACCGAGUGCUCGUAAAAAGCGAUUUUGUGAAAAAAUCAUAAAAAUUCAUUGUAGUUUCUUUUUUUCUUCUUUUUAAUAUCUGUACUUACAGUACCAAAUAAUUUGGUAACUUUGCUUUUAACUGUCUGAAUGUCGCUUGAUUGUUUUUGAAAGAUACGCAUAUGCACACACAUAAUUUUUAAAUGUUUCUUUACCCCACAAAUUAAAAAAAGUGCUGCCAUCGCUUGUUCUCAGGAUUUAUGAUUCAUCGCUAAUUUUGGUUGACUUUGGAAUGUUAAAGAAACUUUUCGGAAAAAGGGUAACUUGAGCUAGAAAUCAAUAGAAAUUUUACGAAUCCCAGAAAUAUUGCUCACUUUAAGCAGGGUUUGCUCAUUUAAAGCAAGUUAUGCUCCCAUAGACUUAACAUUGUACCAACCAAGUAUUUCUUAUUUCCUCGCUAAAUCCGGGUUCAUAUUAAAUCAGGGUUCAUUAUAAGCGAGUUUGACUGGAUUAGUUUUCUUUGCAUUUAUGGUGCAUUUAAGGCCUUUAUGAUUUCUAUUUAUAAAUUAGAGUAGUACAUUUGUGUUAAUUUAUAUUUUAGUUUUUUUUGGGAAAAAAAUAAGUGCUUCUGUUGGAAAAACAUUCAAAUAUUUUGCAUUUCAAAAAAGAUUUCUAUUAUUCAGUGAGCAUUUUUGCCAUUAGGGUCUCAAUGUGUUUAGUUUCGAAAAAUCAUUUUUUUUAAAUUAAUCUUUUUACGAUUAAACUUACUGGGGAAAAAACUCAUCCUGUUUUUUAAUACACUACGCCUUUUCAGUAUUUUGUACUAAAAAGCAUUUUUGAUUGGUGUUAAUCUUGUUUGUUGUAUGUAAUAUAAGUUUACAGAUAUAGUUAUUGUGGUAAGAGUAUUUUUUUUUUUAAACUUAUCACACUUUGCUACUCAUAAUUUGAGGAUUAUAUCUUAUGGAAAAAAAACUACUAACCUUUCUAUACAUAUUAAUAAACCAGUAGUUAAUUUUUUAAAAAAAAGUAUUAACGUUAAAAUGUGAAAUGAAAAUUGCAUGCAGGUAUUUUGUUAUUGGAGGGAAUCCCUAUUAUACUCUCAGGAACUGAAGCUGGAGAAACAAGACAGCCUAAUUUUAGGAAAGCAUUUUACUCAUUUGAAAUAAUUCAUUGGGAAGUAAGUGGAGAUACAUACCAUUCAAUGAUGAAACCUGUAUAGUGCUGAAUAAAAUUCCAGGACCAUUUGAUUUGUGCAGUUCUUUAAGUUAUAAAAGCUCCUUAAAUUAAAAAUAUUUGUUUAGUGAAUGAAACAAUUAUUAUUAUUAAAUUUUGUUCUUACAAAUAAAUUUAAAUGCACCAAACUGAAUUAUUAUGGCAUAUUUAUUUAACGUUAUAGCAUUUAGAAAUUAUACAGUGGAAUGUAAUAUAGUUAUUUUUCAGGGUAUUUUUAUUUAAAAAUGAAUGAGUAUACAUACUUUUUCUGAUGUUACUAAUGCAACUAUCACUAUAAGUACUUCUUUUUUAAUUUACCUAUUUGGUGCUGGCGCCAUUUUUUUUCUUUCUUUUGUUCAACAGAUGUUCACCACUAAACCUCGCAUUUAUUUUCAAAAAUAGUAGUUUAAAACCUUGAAAGAAGAAUGAAAAUAAAGCAAUUUACUUUUUCAGUUUCUUGGAAAAAGAAGUGAUUGUUACAUUUUUUCCAUUCAGAUUGUUGGAACAGAAAUGAGUAUAAAGAUGCAAUUUUUCAUAAAUAACUUAAUUACAUUAAAGAAUAAAAUAAAUCAAAAGAUGUCGCGUUUUCCCGACAAAACAUCAUUUACAAAACAGUAUUGAUUUUUUCACCACCAAAUCAUUCAUUGCUUAAAUUUUCAAAUGUGUUUAAUUCUAAAGUUUCUUUUUUGGUUGUCCUCACCUAUGUCCAAAUGGCACCUUAAGUUUUAUAUUCCUUUGAGUCUUGUUUGGUGAUAUUCAAAGAUGAAAAGCAUUUAUUCAAGACCAGUUUUAUCUUUUUGUAUUCCUUAAAUUUAUGUUUGGUGUUAUGUGUUCUUGUCAGUGUCUACUCUUUUAUGUUAAUGAAUGUUAUCUUGUGAUAUAUUUUAAAGUAUUGGCAUUUUGCAAUGAAUGAAAUCUCAGUAUGUUAAUGAAAUCAUUUGAAAUUUAUAAAUCGACAUAGCAUAUAAUAUCAGCAGCAGAAUUCGUUUAAUUCAAAAUUUGAAGACAUGUUUUGAUAUGUUUGAAUCCCCUGCAUAAAUGUCUUUGUCUAUUAAUUUAUAGGAAAAUAAAAUAAUAAAAUAAAAUAAAGCCAUUGCAGUGCUUUUUCUUAUCAUAUUUGACCUGCUGGCAAACAAUAUUUAGAAUAAAUUUUUGCAAAUUGCUGUCAUUUUGAAAAGCAGUCAUAAAAUACAGGUAAACAUUAAUUAAUUUUUUUGCCUGAGAAUAUUAGUUUUAUGGUUCAUGCUAAUUUUUAUGGGUUUAGAAUUAAUAUUAUUUUGCUGUGUUUGUAUAAAGUGAUUGCAAAAUUAAACGCAGCUAUUUAAUGUGAAAUGUCUUCAAUAGGUGAUUUUAAAAUUUCCAAGUGACUUAUCAGCAUAGGAAUAAAUUUAAAUUUUUGAAGGAGAUUUCAAGGUGUUGGAAGUUUUAUUGCCAGAAAAUUUGAGAGACUUAUACAUAGUCUGCUUUAUCCAGUGUUGUUUUAGUGUGGAUUGUUUUUUGCGGAAAAUUUUUGUGAUAUUAUGGUUUAUGAUAAAUGUACCUAUUUGAAUUAUAAAGUUAUAUAUGUAUAUAAUUUCUAAUAAAGAUUGUUAUGAAAUCA